AGCAGAGGGCAGUGUGUGCAGCAUUAAGGAUGCCGACCGCCGGUAAACAACAAAGAAGGAGAAGAUCAGACGUCGCGACACAUCACCGCUAUGGCUCGACAGUGAUUCAUUCGUAGUUUCACUAAGUUUGUACGUAUUUAACACGCAUUAAAAAACCGUGUGUUUAUUCGAGGUGCUUCACGUGAGUGGCACGUCACCGUGUGUGUCGACGUUUGGCUCAGGUGUGACGUUCAACGUGAGCGGAGCUAGACGGCUAGUCAGCUAACUGCGUUUGUCUGUGCUCAGCUCAGAGUUAUGUAACCAGCUGGUAAAACUACUGACACACAGAGAUACUGUGACCUUUGGCUUAGACCACGUGUUGGUGGUGUGUGUUUGAAGCUGGGAACUGUUUACGUCAGGUGGUGUCGCUCCUACAAGAAUCCAGCAGGUUGUUGAUCACCAUAAACUUGUUAAUUUUGUCACCACAGGGGGGAAUUGAAGUGACAAGACAUCCAGCUGACAGCGUUGCAUCAGAGAUGUCUGGACGUGUGUGCGCCAGCAUCCUUCAAAGAGCUUCAAGCUACACACUGACACUUUCUUCUCCUGCCACAUUCCAGCCUCGACCAGCCCACCGUCGUCACCUCUCAUCCUGGGGUACCUCCAGGUCAGGACAGUUGUGCUCCAGUGGUGAACAGCAGGGAAUCAGGUCUCAAGGUGGGCGACGCCUCUCCACUCGUCAGGAUCUAGACUUCCAGCUCAGCCAGGUCCAGAUCAACAGUAUCCUGCGAUCGAAUGAGCAGACUGUGAGUGUGCCAGAGUUUGACGGUAGAGGACUCAAUGCUGUGAGAAAGUUUGAGAGCAACCAGCUGGCUGCUAACACUCCUAAUGAGGACCGUCGCAGUGCAGCCACCUGCCUCCAGUCAAAGGGCAUGCUCUUUGGAGUGUUUGACGGCCAUGGCGGCUGGGCGUGUGCACAGGCUGUCAGUGAGCGGCUGCUAUACUAUGUUGCAGUGGCGAUGAUGUCAAAGCAGAGCCUGGAGGAGCUUGAGAGAUGCAUGGAGCAUGGAAGACCGGUUCCUCCCAUCUUGCAGUGGUACAAACACAGCGCAGACUUUAACUAUCGGGAAUCUGCUUCACUCUACAUUGACCACCUCAGAGUCUUCUGGCAAGAAUUACUGGACAGUGAGGAACAUGCUGAAGGCAUGAGUCCUCCAGAAGCUCUGGAUCGUGCUUUCAAACGGCUCGAUGCUGACAUUUCCUUGGAGGCUCAAGUCCCUCUUUCCAAUGAUUUGAUGAAAAGCACAGCUAUCCAGGUUGCAUUUGCUGGUUGUACUGCCUGUGUGGCUCAUGUCGGCACAGAUGGGAUCCACGUGGCGAAUGCCGGUGACUGCCGAGUGGUAUUAGGGGUGCAGGAGGAGAACGGUUCAUGGAGUGCUUUGCCACUUUCUCAUGACCACAACUCGCAGAACAAGGCCGAGGUGGAGCGGAUCAAAGCCCAGCACCCACCCUCAGAGAGAAAGACUGUGGUCACAGAUGACAGGCUGCUCGGGGUUCUGAUGCCCCUGCGUGCGUUUGGUGACGUGAGAUUCAAGUGGAGCUAUGAAUUGCAGCAGAGCAUUUUAGCUAGCCUGGAAUCUGGAGUGGACCUGGACUCUCUCAACCUGUACCAGUACACUCCACCCAACUACCUUACUCCGCCCUAUCUGGAUGUGGCACCUGAGAUAAUCUAUCACAAGCUGAGACCUCAGGACCGCUUCCUGAUCCUUGGCACAGACGGACUGUGGGAUGAACUAGGGAGCGAGGAGGCUGUACGACUCAUUGGAGAGCACCUGAGUGGGAUUCAUCUACAGGCUCCAGUUUCUCCAUCUGAGAGGCAGCUGAAUUUGGGUCAGAUGCAUGAACUCUUGCUGAAACGUCAGGCCCGUGCCUCCCCAGCUUUAGACACCAACGCUGCCACGCACCUUAUCAGACACGCUCUUGGCACUGGGGAGUAUGGAGAACUCUGCCAGGAGAGACUGGCCUCUAUGCUCGCUUUGCCAGAAGACCUGGCUCGAAUGUACAGAGACGAUAUCACAGCUACAGUGGUGUAUCUGAACUCAGACCUGGUUAGACCUCACCACAGCUAACGGGAGCACUUUUUUUUUUUCUUUUUCUUUUUUUUACAAUGAUGCACGGAGAUGAAAAAGUCAUAACAUUCAGCUCUGUCCAGAUCGUAGCCAACAUCAUUUUCUGGAUAUUUUGGGAUAAAAUAAAUAAAUAAAUUACAACCUGUUACAUAAAUUGAUUCAUAAAUAUUUUGAAAUGGAAGGACAGUUUUCAGUGUUUCAGUGUCAAAAGCGUUUUCAAAAAAUACCAUCGACUCAUUGGUUACACAUAUUCAUAAUUCAAAUUACAAAUUCAGUGCAUUCACGAUGAACAUUUUAUAGACCUCAGCUCAGUUCAAUGUGAAACAUGGAAACAUGGGGAGUAAAUAGAAGGUUAUAGAAUAUUACAGUCACUCCUUGUAUGCAUUGUUCUUUCCAUGUUUUCUUGCACAGUUUGCUUCAGACAAUCUAUCUGUGACAUGGUUUUCUUCUUACUGUACUGUUUACUUAUCCGUAUGUGUAAGCUGUGAAUUAACCUGUUAAAUGUGCAUACAUGUACUGUCUUCAGUUCUGAUAGAUGUAUUUAAGUUAACACUCCAUUUUCUGGAAUAAGAGUGUGGAUGCUUCAGAUUAAACGAUUGAGAAAUUA